AUGGGUGUCGCUAGUAGCGAAUUUCGAGGUGUCUUGAUAGCGAGAAGUGGUAAUGGUCCAACAAAUAUCCCUGGCGAUGGAUUUCCGAAGGAUUGUGACAAGAAGAUAAGUUAG